AUGCUUAUUCAACUUGAUGACACUGAAGAAGGUUCUGAUCAAAGCAGUAUCAAACAACUCAUCAGUAAACUAUGUAAAGAGUCAAUGAAAUUUGAAAAGGAAAUCAAAGAAAUGAAAAAGAUAAAUGACCUUUCAAUGAAUAGUUCAUCAAAUGAAACAAUAGACAGAAUUAAAAAAAAUCAUCUAAAUUCAUUAACCAUACAAUUUGUUUCUUUAAUGAGACAAUACCAGACAAUUCAAUUAGAUAUAAAGUCAUCACUUAAAAUGAAAGUCAUUAGAAAAAUGAAAAUUUAUAAUCCAUCUCUCAAUGAUAAUGUGAUUGAAGAGAGUGUUGAAAAGAAAAAUACUGAAAACACCCUUAUUCAACAGCUCCAACAGGAAGAAGAUCAAAUUGCACUUAACUUUUUGGAAGAACGACAUAGAGAGUUGUUGUCAAUUAAUGAUGCUAUUGAAGAAAUUAAUGGGAUGUUUGUCAGUCUGGCUGUACUAAUUGAAACACAAGGAGAGUUAAUUAAUUCAAUAGAAGAGAACUGUAACUCAACAAAAGAAUAUACCAAACAAAUAAAUGAAGAGUUACAAAGAACAUAUCAUCUUAAAAAAAAAUUAGUAAUAAAAAUAAUUAUUUUCACAAUUUUCAUUGUGAUUAUUCUUGUUUUGAUACUUUGUAUCAUUGGAAUUAUAGUAGGAGUCUAUUUAAUGAAAAAGUCUACCAUUUAA